UCCAAACAGAAGCAGAUUUGACGACUUCAUAAACACAUAGGUAGGUUCAAACAGCCGUCUUCUUCCUCUCUAAGAUCCAUAGUACUGGGUUUCCUUUAAUGGCGUACAAGCGUAGCCUCACAGAAAGAGCAAGGCUUCUGUAUAAACAACGUUUUUGUCCUUCCUUUUCAUAUAUUCAUCACAAUGAUGACCGAAAACAACAAACCCACAAUAACUAUCGGUCUUUCCAUAGUUUUCUUCAUCAGAAUCAAUCAAUUGGGAAUACUUUAACUAAUUCUCAGAUCUUUAGUCCAUCUAUGGUGUUUGGAAGACAUAUGUCAACUGUAAUGGGUGAAGGGGGGAAUAAGAUUGAGUAUAUGACUGAUAUGGCAGACAUUCUUGUUGAUAAGACAACUGAAACUGUGGCUGUUGUUACUCCUUUAGCAAAUGAAGUGGCUAUUGCUGCUGCUGAUUCUGCGUUUCCUGUGGCUGCUUUACAGCAUCUCAUUGAUGCUGUUCAUACUUUUACUGGAUUCAAUUGGUGGGCCUCUAUAGCUUUGACAACUGUUCUGAUUCGUGGAGCAACAAUUCCAUUGUUGAUAAACCAGCUUAAAUGCACUACAAAGCUGAGUCUUUUACGGCCGCGGUUGGAAGAAAUCAAGCAAGAAAUGCAAGAUAGGAGCAUGGAUCCCAAAGCUGUUUCUGAAGGUCAACAACAAAUGCAGGCCUUAUUCAGGGAAUAUGGAGUAACUCCGUUCAGCCCACUGAAGGGGAUGCUCUUCCAAGGUCCAAUCUUCAUCAGUUUCUUCUUCGCUAUAUCAAACAUGGUAGAAAAAGUUCCUUCAUUCAAAACCGGGGGAUUACAUUGGUUCACUGAUUUAACUACUACAGAUCCCAUGUAUAUACUUCCAGUUUUGACAGCAUUGACAUUUUUGAUAACUGUGGAGAGCAAUAUGCAAGAAGGCAUGGAAGGUAAUCCAACUGCUAAAACAAUGAAAAACGUGUCAAGGGCUUUUGCUGUUCUUACCGUUCCUUUCACAAUGAGCUUCCCUAAGGGUAUAUUUUUCUAUUGGGUGACAUCCAAUAUCUUCUCGCUACUCUAUGGAUUAGUAAUUAAAACACCUAAGGUGAAGAAAUUAUUGGGCAUUCCUAUAAUUCCAGUAGCACCUCCUUCAAUAGCCAGUGAAAAACCCGCCCUUCCUUUUUUCGAGACUUUGAAAAAAUACGCGGCUGCACAGAAAUAUGCAGUAGAGGAGAAAGCUCGAUUGUCAUCGUUGCCAAACGAGGCUUCUAGACCUAUUGUUGAUCAUAAGAUGCAGUCUGCCGUUCUUAGUCAGAAGAUUAAGAGCCUAGAGAAACAAGUAAAAGGAAAAAAGAAGAACAAGAAGAGAUGAUGAUGACCAUGAGAAAUUCCAUUGGAGAAAAACCUUUCUUUUUGUAUUAGGAAAUAAAACUUUAUAAAGUAACCCAUUUUGUUGUAUUAAUGGGACAAGAAUUUUGUUUAUUUAUCUUGCAUAGAGAAGAGAGUAUUAAGUAGGAAGAUAUAAAGCCUAUGUGAAAAAAUAUUAUUUUCUCUCUUUCUCAUUUAAAUAUUUAUUUAUAAGCUUGGGUGAAUAUAUUUAUUUAUUUAUUGAAUUUAAGAACUAUUUUGUCCA